GGGUUGGGUAAGAGAGAAACGGGAACAAUGAAUGAGGAAGCGGAAAUUCAAGAACAAGGAGAGAAAUUUUUUGUUUCCGUUAGAUUAAGGCCAUUGAACGAUAAAGAGAGAGCACGGAACAGUAUAUCUGAUUGGGAAUGCAUUAACAAUGACACCAUUGUUUUCAAAAACAGCUUGCCUGAACGUUCCAUGUUCCCUGUUGCCUACUCAUUUGACAGAGUAUUUGACUGUGACAGCCCUACAAGUCAAGUGUACGAGGAAGCAGCUAAAGACAUAGCAGUUUCAGUACUAAAUGGUAUUAAUUCGAGCAUAUUUGCUUAUGGGCAAACAAGCAGUGGAAAGACAUAUACGAUGAGGGGGGUCACUGAUUAUGCAGUAGCGGAUAUAUAUGACUACAUAGAAAGGCAUCAAGAAAGAGAAUUUUUCGUGAAAUUCUCUGCCAUGGAGAUAUAUAAUGAAGCUGUGAGAGACCUUCUUAGCUCGGAUAGUACCCCACUCAGACUCCUAGAUGAUCCAGAGAGGGGAACCGUUGUGGAGAGACUAACUGAGGAGACUCUAAGAGACAAGGAACAUCUUCAGGAGCUCCUUUCAAUCUGUGAAGCUCAAAGGCAGAUAGGAGAGACUGCUUUGAAUGAAACUAGCUCGAGAUCACAUCAGAUUUUGCGGCUGACAAUUGAAAGUUUUGCUCGUGAUUAUGCUGAAGCCGGAAAUUCAAGCGUUCUUGCAGCUUCAGUGAAUUUUAUUGAUUUAGCUGGAAGCGAGCGUGCCUCUCAGACCUUAUCUGCUGGUGCAAGACUGAAAGAAGGCUGCCACAUAAAUCGAAGUUUAUUAACUCUUGGAACUGUGAUUCGCAAACUAAGCAAAGGAAGAAAUAGCCAUGUACCUUAUAGGGAUUCUAAGCUAACGCGCAUACUUCAGAAUGCCUUAGGAGGCAAUGCCAGAACAGCCAUCAUUUGCACUAUGAGUCCUGACCGUAGUCAUGUUGAACAAUCGAGAAACACUCUCUUAUUUGCAAGCUGUGCUAAAAAGGUAACAACCAAUGCACAAGUCAAUUUAGUUAUGUCAGAUAAGGCAUUGGUAAAGCAAUUGAAAAGAGAAUUGGCUAGACUGGAGAACGAAAUGAAGAGCGUCGGCUCAACACCAAACAAACUUGAUACGGCUAGUAUGAUGAGAGAGAAAGAGCUACUCAUUGAGCAGAUGGCCAAAGAGAUAGAAGAAUUGACUCGGCAACGUGAUCUUGCUCAAUCGCGAGUUGAGAAUUUGCUACUCUCAGUUAGAGAAGUUCAAAUGUUAACGAGUGCCAACUAUUCAUCAUCAAAUUCAUCAGAAGUGAUCAAUGCUCCCUGUACGGUUGAUUACUGCAAGCAUAUGGAUACUGUUGCACCAAGAGUGCCUAUGACCAACACCCAAUAUCUGGAACCUCUACCUCUAGAGAUCUAUGAAGAGGAACGUCAUCUCCAUAGAAACACUCUAAUGUUGGCUGAACCUGAAGCAGGCAACGACUACAAGGAGGUUGCUCUAAAAAUGGAUGAAGAAUUUGAAGAUAACUGCAAGGAAGUUCGAUGCAUUGAAUUUGAAGAGUCGAACAUUAAGCUGAAUGAAAAAGCUGAUGUUUGCUCUUUGAUUCCUGAGAUCAAUGAAGGAAAAUUAACUGUCAACACUGAUGAAUUACCAAUUGGUCCCGAGGAACAGGAAGGGAAACCAGCCAUGACGGAAUCCGUCAUCAAGGAAAUAGAAGCAGAUAAUUUAUCAGUUAUUCCUGCGGAUGAGGAAGAAAAAGUAUCCCUCACUGCUGCUGAGGAUAUAGAAGGAAAAUUAACUGGGACAGAGUCACGUAUUGAGAAGCAGGAAGGCGAUGGCUUCUACUGUAAUCCUGAUGAAAAUCAAGUAAAAUUAACUGGGACAGAGGCAAGUAUUGAGAAGCAGGAAGGUGAUGGAUUCUACUGUAAUCCUGAUGAAAAUCAAGGAAAGUUAGACAUGACUAUAACCAUGAAAGAAAAUGUAGUAUCAUCCCCUCAAAAGGAAGAUUUGCAAUCAUGUCAUGUUAAUAAAGAUGAAACUUGCGAGGCACUGAAACAAAAAAUACAGGAGUUGCACAAGACCAUCAAAUUUCUAGUCACUUUGGGCGAUUCGCCUUCUGCAUUAGAUGGAAGUACUAUUUCUGGUAGCCCUACCUUGAGCAGAUGCAAAAGCUGCAGGGGGAUUAUUACAACCGUGCCAUCUUCACCUGACUUUAAGAACCCACAACAUAAUGAAAGCACGCAUCCUUCCACAUCAGUUGAAAAGGACUUGUUUCAAAGGGAAAAAGCCCUCUCCUGUAAGCUUUCUGGACUGAAAGGCGACAACAGAAAUGGAAAGAUGUCCAGAGGUCAUUCUCAAAAUUCAUUUAGCAGCGGCUGUGGGGAAGCACAAAGCGUGAAAGAUAUAGAUGGGGAAGACAAUUGUAGUGAAGCCAGUUUUGCUCCUCGGCCAUGGAAGUUAUAUGGUAAUAGUUCUAUGAGAAGAACUUCCGUGUCCACUGAUUUUUCUGAAUGUAGCAGUGUGACAAAACGGCUACCCGAAAAACAAAAUGAUGAGGAUCCGGCACCUGAAACCGAGAAUGCCGUGAAACUGCAUGAUAGUUGGCCCGCUGAAUUCGAGAAUUUGCAGAAAAAGAUAAUUGAACUUUGGGAUGCAUGCAAUGUACCAUUAAUCCAUAGAACCUAUUUCAUCAUGCUUUUCAAAGGUGACCCUUCUGAUUCUAUUUAUAUGGAGGUAGAGUUCAGAAGAUUGUCUUUUCUAAAGAACUCCAUGCCAUUGGGAAGCAAAGGUUUCAAAGAUACUACAUUUGACACAACAGCUUCAAGUGCAAAGGAUUUGAUACGUGAGAGGAAAAUGUUGUGCAAGCAAAUACAGAAGUUGUCGAAGAAGCAGAAAGAGGAAGUGUACAAGCAGUGGGGAAUUGGGUUAAACACCAAGCAAAGGAGCGUACAACUGUCGCAACUUAUAUGGUCAAAGUCGCGGGACAUGGGACAUGUGAAAGAGAGUGCAGCUCUAGUGUCGAAGUUGCUGGGGUUUUUGGAAUCGGGUCAAGCACCCAAGGAGGUAGUCGGACUCAGCAUCUUGCCCCAAUCCAGAACCCGAAGAUCCACCAGAUGGAACAACGUCCUUCCUCCUUUGUUAUAGAAAAGGUAGAGAACAACACUAUCUAGGUUCAUACAUUGUCAUGUUUGCUGAAAUC